GUCGAUCAGCGACAAUAAGAUAGUAGUUCUAGAUUUUUUGUGCUUUUGAGUAAAACAUUUCAACCUGCGGUCCAAACGGGAAGCUUUGAGUGAUAGAAAGUCAAAACCGUUGACAAAAAAGCUUUCGAUAGAAAUAUCUGUCGAAGAAAAGGUAAGAGGACCAGAAGCAAUGAAUCAAUAAUGCUUUCAAAAUCUGCAUCCAGCCAUCCAAAAUCUGAAUUCUCAAAAACCAGAAGCGUUGAACCUAUGGGACUUGAUCGAAAUACCAGCUUGUCAGCUCUUCUUGUCUUGCUAUCUUGCUUUUGUUUAAAGUUUGGCUCUGCCGGCUCUGCCACAGACACCAUCACAGCAGCUAAAUUCAUCACCGACCCUGAAACCGUAAUCUCUAAUGGUGGUGAUUUCAAGCUGGGAUUUUUCAGCCCUGCAAAUUCAACCGAUCGCUAUGUUGGGAUAUGGUAUGCUCAAAUUUCUGUGCCCACUGUCAUAUGGGUUGCUAACAGAAACAUGCCCCUCAAGAAUUCCUCUGGAAUUCUAACCAUAUCCGAAGAUGGCAAUCUGGUGGUAUUAGAUGGGCAAAAGAAGGUUCUUUGGUCAUCAAGUUUAACAAAUUCUGUUGUCAAUUUGAGUGCCCAGCUUUUAGAUUCUGGAAACCUCAUCUUGCAAGGAAACACUACAGGGACAAUGAUAUGGGAGAGUUUCCAACAUCCUUCUGAUUCAUUCUUGGAAAAGAUGAAAAUUAGUACUGAUGUUAGAACGGGUAAGAAAGUGCAGCUGACAUCAUGGAAAAGUCCUUCUGAUCCAUCCAUUGGAAACUUCUCUGCCGGUAUUGAUGUUCGUAAUCUUCCCGAAUUUUUUGUUUGGAAUGACGGUAGCCCAUAUUGGCGGAGUGGUCCAUGGAACAGCCGGGUCUUUAUUGGAGUGCAGAAAAUGAAAACUGUAUAUCUUGAUGGAUUUAGUCUUGUAGACGAUAAAGAAGGAACAUUCUAUUUCACUUUUUCCUAUCUGAACGAGUCUUUUCGAAAGGAUUUUGUCUUGAACGCGCAAGGAAAUCUACAGGAAAAAUAUUCCGACAAUGGGGAGGAUUGGGAGGUCGUGUGGUCAACUUUGGAGACUGAGUGCGAUGUUUAUGGCAGGUGUGGGGCAUUUGGAAGCUGUAAUUCAAAGAAUUCACCAAUUUGCAGCUGUUUACGGGGAUUUGAGCCAAAGAAUGCAGAAGAAUGGAACAGAGGAAAUUGGACUAGUGGAUGUGUGAGGAGGACACCCUUGCAGUGUGAGAGGAUGAACAUUGGCAGUGAAAGGGGCAAAAAAGAAGGAUUUUUGAAACUGACGAUGAUGAAAGUGCCAGACUUGGAAGAUUGGUCCUCUGAUUUUGAAGAAAAAUGUGGAACCCAAUGCUUGGAGAAUUGUUCUUGUAUAGCCUACGCAUAUGAUUCUGGCAUUGGUUGUAUGACAUGGACAGGAAGCUUAAUUGACGUACAGAAAUUCUAUACUGGCGGAGCUGAUCUUUAUGUUCGCUUGGCCUAUUCAGAACUUGACAAGAUGGAUAAUGUGAAAGUAAUCGGCACUGUCACAGUGAUCAUAGGAGUAAUGAAUAAUCAUAGGAGUAAUAUUCAUUGGCAUCUGCACUUACUUACUCUAUUGAUCCUCUCUUCUCCUCUCUCAACGAAAUAUCGUCGUGAGGACAAGCAUGGAGAAAACGUAAACCAAGUUUUACUCCAAGAGCUACCAUUAUUCAGUCUUCAGGAGUUGGCAAGUGCAACAAACAACUUCCAUGUAUCAAAUAAGCUUGGGCAGGGUGGAUUUGGUCCCGUAUACAGGGGAAAACUGUCAGAUGGAGAAGAAAUUGCAGUAAAAAGACUUUCAAGAGCCUCUGGACAGGGGCAAGAAGAAUUUAUGAAUGAGGUGGUGGUGAUCUCUAAACUCCAACACCGGAAUUUGGUUAGACUCCUUGGCUGCUGUGUUGAAGGGGAAGAAAAGAUGUUGGUCUAUGAAUACAUGCCAAACAAAAGUUUGGAUGCAUUUCUCUUUGAUUCAGUCAAAUCAAAACUUUUAGAUUGGAGAAGACGAUUCAUCAUUAUCGAAGGAAUCGGUCGAGGUCUGCUGUACCUUCAUAGGGAUUCUAGGUUAAGGAUUAUUCAUAGAGAUCUAAAGGCAAGUAACAUCUUGUUGGAUGAAGAACUAAAUCCAAAAAUAUCAGAUUUUGGCAUGGCUAGGAUUUUUGGGAGCAAUGAAGAUCAAGCCAAUACUAAAAGGGUCGUUGGAACAUACGGCUACAUGUCUCCUGAAUAUGCAAUGGGAGGGCGAUUUUCAGAAAAAUCGGAUGUCUUUAGUUUUGGAGUGUUGUUACUAGAGAUAGUUAGUGGAAGAAGAAACACUAGCUUUUACGAUGACGAGCAGGCCAUGAGCCUUCUAGGAUUUGCAUGGAAAAUGUGGAAUGCAGAAAACAUAGUGGCAUUAAUAGACCCAGUGAUACGAGAACCAUGCUUUGAAAUGGAAGUUUUGAGAUGCAUACAUGUCGGGUUGCUGUGUGUGCAAGAUUUUGCAAAAGAUAGGCCAACUAUAUCCGUUGUUAUUUCCAUGCUUAAAAGUGAGACUAUUGAUCUGCCUCUUCCAAAGCAACCUGCAUUCAUCGAAAGGCAAAUUGCCCCACGUGCCGACUCCCUUAACAAUGUUCCUGUUACAAUGGUUCAGGGCCGAUAGCUUGUAUGUGUUUUUUU